AAUUUUCCAAGUCCUCUCUACCUCAUCUGUUUACAUCGAUCGAGGCUAGCUUGAAGUUAAGGCUAGCUAGCUUAAUUGAGCUCUCAUUUCUCCAAUCUUAUCUGCAACACCAUGUACUCGUCAAAGCCGAAUUCGUACGAGAAGUUCUCGGAGUCCAACACCGAUGCUGCUUCUCCACCGACGGGUAUUCCGGUCAGCUCCAGCAACCCUUUCAGUCAUGAUGAUCAUGAUCAUGACAACAGCUCCCAAAUGCCGCCUGCUCCGCCAUACCACCUCCGCCCUAGAGCCCCCGAGCCGUGGAAGACCGGCCUCUGCGACUGCCUCUCCGAUCCCAAAAACUGCUGCACAACAUUUUGGUGCCCUUGUAUCACUUUCGGCCAGAUUGCAGAGAUUGUGGAUAAGGGCUCUACUUCUUGUGGUGCAAGUGGAGCACUAUACACUCUGAUAUUUUGUGUGACUGGUUGUCCUUGCUUCUAUUCAUGCUUCUACCGCUCCAAAAUGAGGCAGCAGUACACUCUUGAUGAGAGCCCUUGUGGUGAUUGCUUGGUUCAUUGCUUCUGCGAGUACUGCGCCCUGUGCCAGGAGUACCGUGAGCUUCAAAAUCGCGGUUUCGACAUGGUUAUCGGAUGGCAUGGAAAUAUCGAGGAAAGGAACCGUGAAGUGGCAAUGAAGCCGGUGCCCCCGGUCAUGGAGGAAGGCAUGAGUCGAGAUCAAUGAUUGAGGAGAACAAGGAUUUAGGGUUUAUAUUAUUAAUCCCCCGAGCUAAUAAUGCUCAUUGUUGUAAACAAGUGUGUAUGAAAUCUUUAAUUAUUGAUUGUUGAAUAGAUUAUAGUUUGCAGUUGCCAGAGUUA